UGCAAUGAUGGCGCUGCAGCUGAAGACCGGGGAUGCAACGUACUACCACCACCACCACCACCACCAUCACCCCCACAGCACGGCGGACUACUGCAGGAAUUUCACCCCGCCGUCGGCUGUCAGCUACGGGGAGAGUGGCCAUUACCUCCCCCGGCUGCCAGGUGCAGAGACCCUCCUGAAGCCGCCUCUCAGCCUCUUCACCCACCCACAGCAGCCAUUUCAGCACCUGGACCCUCUGCCUCCUCUGGGACCCCCACCCAUGGGUCCCACCCCAGCCCUGUGCCCUCCUCCCCUCACCCCAGCUCCGCCAAUGGGACCCCCCGUCACCCUGUGCCCGCCUCCUAUCGCCACGCACACCAUCAGACCCCCACCCCUGACGCCCCCGCCCGGUCACACCCUGGUCCACCCACCCCCGCCCAACAUAGCACCCAAUCCACAGCUGGGACCCCCGCCGAUACCCCCGCACCCGCUCGGACCCCCACCGGUAGUCGUGGACCCAAACAAGACGAUUCCACCUCCAAAUAUUGAUAUCCGAACUCCACCUCCGUCGCUGCGUUUUCCCCCAGCGCCCUGUCUGGAGCCCCCCCAGAUGCCCCCCAGCCUGGUCCCCGCUCCAGCUCCGGGUCCAGUUCCAGGACAGGCAGCCCCCGGAGGAGAGCAGCCCCAGGACGAGGCCUCUCCCCUGGGCAGUGAGGAGCAGGAGGACCCCCUGGGGCUGGAGGAGCUGUGCAAACCGCUCUACUGUAAACUGUGCAACGUGACGCUCAACUCCACACAGCAAGCUCAGGCUCACUACCAGGGUAAGAACCACAGUAAGAAGCUGAGGAACUUCUACGCGGGAAGCCAACAGCCUCCAGCCGUCAGGAUCACGGACACCACAGAAACCAGCGGCCAAACGUCCCACAGCUCAGGGGUCAGUGAAGGAGACACAAGCAGACAGGCUCUGUAUAAAGGAGCGGCGAGGGUGAUCCUGGCCACAGAGAAUGAUUACUGUAAACUGUGCGACGCCUCGUUCAGCUCUGCAGCCGUGGCUCAGGCUCAUUAUCAGGGCAAGAACCACGCCAAGAGACUGAGACUGCAGGAGGCUCACAGCAACGCCAACAACAGUGAAGGCCCCAGUGAGGUCACACCAAAGAGAAGCAGGAAGGAUGAGUACCGCCUGGUGAAAACCAGACGCAGUCCACAGCUCCAGGGCGCUUUGACAGGUCCGUACUACCACUCACGUCCGAGGCAGAGGAUCCCGCGUGACCUGGCCAUGUGUGUGACCCCCAGCGGCCAGUUCUAUUGCUCCAUGUGCAACUGCGGAGCGGAGCAGGAGCCGGACUUCAGACAGCACCUGGAGAGCAAGCAGCACAAAGCCAAAGUGUCCGAGCUCAGAUACCGCAACGAGAUGGUCACCCUGGGAUACAGCUAAGGAGAGAGACGGUCUGCACAGGAGGACGAGGAGAGGAGGAGAGGAGGAGGUGUGUUAAAAGGUGCAUAUGACAGGUUUGCAUGUUUUUCUGAUUGUGACUUGGUUUGGAGAGGUAGUAUCUGUGGUCAACAUUUAUCAUUGUUUUACAUCAGUUAAGUGGCAGUUUGUGGAAAAUCACUUGACAGGAAAAGUACAAAAAUACAGGAAGUAGCGCCAUAAUAAUAAUUUUCCAUCUUUUUCCCCACAAACUGACAUUUAACUGUAAAACUGUGAUGAAUAUUUACCAAACCAAGUCAGAGGUAACCUGGGGGGUAUGCAUGAAGCGAGCUAAAGCGAAAGCCUGGCUUAUUUGGCCAAUCCAGGUUCAUCAAAGCCUCAGUUCCACCAAAGUGACUGACCAGAGGUGACACUGACUUGCCACAGUAACAUGCAAGCAAGCUCUGCAUGCAUUACUACGCAUCAGGAAGGAGUCAGGCAACUUCAGUCCCCAGGUGUAUUAACCAGGCUCCGGACUCUGCACUACGCAGUUAGCCUCCUCUGUCCAAGUAGCGAACAGGAGAGGAGAGAGUGAACAGGAGAGGAGGGAGUGAACAGGAGAGGAGGGAGUGAACAGGAGAGGAGGGAGUGAACAGGAG